AUGCUGAGACUUUUGCAGGGCCUCAUCUUGGCUGGUACAGAUACAACGACGGUGACAAUGACAUGGGCGCUCUCUCUACUUCUUAAUAACCGAGAGGCUCUUAAGAAAGCCCAACAAGAAUUAGACCUCCAGAUUGGUAGAGAUAGGUUAGUGAUGGAAUCAGACGUGAAAAACCUACUCUAUCUUCAAGCUGUCAUCAAGGAAACAAUGCGUUUAUAUCCCGCUGCGCCACUCUCUCUGCCGCAUGAGUCUCUUGAGGAUUGCACUUUGGCUGGUUACCACAUCCCAAUGGGCACCCGUCUUCUUGUUAAUCUAUCAAAGAUUCAUAGAGAUCCACAAGUAUGGACAGAUCCAACCGAAUUUCGCCCAGAAAGAUUCCUCACAAGCCACAAAGAUGUUGACUUUAAGGAUCAGCAUUUUGAGUUCAUACCAUUUGGUAGUGGGAGGAGAGUUUGUCCAGGAAUCUCGUUUGCACUACAAGUUAUGCAGCUCACACUUGCUAACUUCUUGCAUGCCUUUGAAAUUACGACAGUACCAUCAGAUGAACCAGUAGACAUGACUGAGAAAGUCGGACUUACAUCCCUGAAAGCCACCCCACUUGAAGUCUAUCUCACUCCACGCCUUCCUUCCUCAGCAUAUGCAUGAUCAUUUGAGUAUAUGUUAAAUAGGUACAAUAUUGCCGAGGAGUUUCGUAAUGAUCUUCAUGCACAAGGA